GAACGAGCCUUGACAGUUGUCACAUUUGGCAAGCCGACCAUAGCUGUCAUUCGGCUCAUGACUUCCGCUGAACGACACUUCCUAGUUCUUUUUGUUGGUGUUUGCGAAAGUGAUGGUACGCACGAAGAAGCCAAUUUUAAUUGACGGACGUGGACACUUGCUGGGACGGCUGGCUUCGGUCGUCGCCAAGCAAAUCCUGUCUGGAAAUGCAGUGGUAGUGGUGCGAUGUGAAGGCCUUCAGCUGUCCGGCCAUUUCUUCCGCAACAAGAUCAAAUUCUUGGCCUAUCUGCGGAAACGCUGCAACGUCAACCCGGCACGCGGUCCAUUCCAUUUCCGCGCUCCGAGCCGUAUGUUGUGGAAGGCUAUUCGAGGAAUGGUCCCACAUAAGACCAAGCGCGGUCAUAAUGCGCUGCGACGCCUGAAGGUGUACGAAGGCAUUCCGCCGCCAUAUGACAAGAUGAAGCGUGUGUGCGUUCCGAUCGCCCUGCGCCAGCUGUGCCUGCGCCCCGACCGCAAGUACUGCACGAUCGAUCGCGUUGCCCAUGAAGUGGGAUGGAAGUACCGAGAUGUCGUGGCCAACCUGGAAGCCAAGCGCAAGAUCAAGGCACGCAUUGCAUACAUGCACAAGAAGAAGUUGAAGAAUAUUACGUGGAAGGCUCGUGCCGCCGUUGCCAAGAAGAUUGAGCCGCAGAAUGCUGUAUUGAGGGAGUACGGCUAUCUGACGUCGGAAUUCGAGAAGAAGUACAACCGGCCAGUGCUGAAUACCGUCACACCGAAACUUGGCAAGCGCAAGCGUAAGGAGCUGUAUGUGGCUGCAAAGGCCGCCCGCAAAACGGCGAAAUACGCGGCCAGAGCUGCGGCUAAGGAGAAAAAGGCAGCAGCAGCACCCAAGAGUCCGGCCAAAGCGAAGGCAAAGGCUUAAUCUGUAGAAACGGAACACGUUUUGUGUCGCAAUCGGGGAUGAUGGGUGUUUUUGAAGACGAGGCAAAUUUAACAACAUUGCACUCUUCAAAACACAAGCACCAUACGCGCGUUGUCUAUCAACAGAAUCAUCGUAAAGCAACGCGUUUGAUGUAAAGAGAAGAUAAAAUACACAGUCACGUGCAUGUGUGAGCAUGCAUGCGGGAAAACACAAUCUCUCUAA